AACCCCAGGUCAGAUAAGCUAGAGAAGGAAGAAGAGAAAGCUGGAAAGACCAGAGAACAAGGGAGCGCCCCCCACAUACACUCCAGCAGCUAAGAGGUGACAGAGCCUUCAGCCAGCGGCAUCCUUAGGCCAAGAGGGCUCCCGGAGGGUCCCCGAUUCAGCAGCACCCACCAUGCUGCCUUGCCUGGCCCUGCUUCUCCUGGCGGGCCUGUCCAUGUGCGCCUCGGCAGGCCACGGCGGAGAGAAACUGGCACUCAGCACUGAAGAGCGGCCCUGGGUGACCGUGGCCCUGGAGGAGGUCCCUGUCCCGAGCAUUCAGCUCCAGCUGCAGGAGGCCAGGCGGUUCUUUGGGCUGAUGGGGAAGCGAGUGGGAGGUGUACCUCGGAUCCAGUCAGAGCCAGCAGGGCGUCAGCUGGGACGAAUGGCUCAAGGCCUCCUGAGCAGGGGAGGACUCUCCACAGAAGGCACAGAGGAUGAGGACCCGGGUUCAGAGUGAGAGGCCCCACAGGAUGCUUCCCUGAGGGUGCCGCCUCUUCUCUUCCGGGUGUCCCAGUGGACCAGGCAGCAUGCCGACUCUACCCCGCGCCUCCUAUCCUCGACACUGGCAUUCCAAGCCAGGCCCACAGUGAACUCAGUGAGUUUCUUCUAGGACUCUCGGCAUCGGGCAGUGGUGGUGUACAGAUGUGCUGUCGCCCUCAAGGGCCGGAGCGACCCCGCUCUCCCUCCCACUUCCAUGACAGCACCACGGGGCCAGCCUCGAACUCUGUACCCCACACCCGGCACACAGUCGGGACCCAAUAAAUGAAUGACCAGUGA